AUGCGCCCGACGACGUGGCUGAGCGCGGGCUUAGCAGCGCUCCUGACGGCUGCGCAGCCCUCGCUGACGUCUGCGCGCGGUGUGCACGUGAACUUGACGGCCAGUUGGCCGAGCUCCCCGUUCUUCCCGCUCAUGGAGACCAGUGAGUUCUUGGCGGAGGAGAACCCACUUUAUUUCUGGCAGUUUCUGGAGCAGUUGGAGGCACGCACGUCGUAUGUGGAUCUCAUGAACAGCGACGUGGAUGCGCUUGGGACUUUGGCUGUGACUGUAGCCGAGAGCAUCGCACCCGGAUCCAAGAAUGUGCUGGAGCUGAUGCUGGCGACUCGCACAUACUCUGUUAAGGUGGAAAUGUUCCGACAAUUAGGUCUGGACUCGGGUAUACGUCCGUGUGGAGAAGGUGCUGAUACGUGGGCGGUUUUCUACAAGGAGAAACAUUGUGUGGAGUCAGUGGCGUGCUCUGAGGACGAGCUGGACGCCAUUUUACGUGGCAAGAAGCAACAGACCAACGACCAGGCGUGUGUGGCUGCAGGUGUCAACGAUGUCGAGUUGCAGGUGGACCACAAGUAUCCGUACAUUGCGUCGGACUCGGAGAACGCGCCCAUUUCAGCUAUUCUCUAUGGUCUCGUGGGAACGGAGAAGUUCCAUGCGUUCCACACGAAGCUGGUGAAGCAAGCGCAGAUUAACAAGAUUCAGUACAUGGGCUAUGGUGUGGCGCUAGACAUCAAGAAUAUGGAGUACACGACGAUUGACGACUCUAAAAAGACUGACAGCGAUGACACUACAAGUGACGAGACAGGUUCAGAGGAAGAAGACGAGGAGGAGGAGGGGGAAAUCGACGAUGAAGAGGUCGAUGGCUUCCUGUUCAAGCCGCUGAUGGCUCGUCACGGAGCUAUUGCGAAUGACCUGAAAGAGUUCUACGAUAUUUUGGUCCAGAAAGCCGAUGGCGAGCAGGAACAAGAGCUGAAGGCCUGGCAUCUGAAAGAUUUAGGUGCGACUGCAGUCCGUCAUAUUGUGGACGCUAAGAACCCAUUGAAGAGACUGGAAACUCUCUCGCAGGACUUCCCUGUGCAGGCCAAAAAGCUGGCAUUCUCGCGUAAAUCAAUUUCCGCCAAGCUACGCGAAGAAAUUGCCGUCACUCGUAUGCAGGCUGCUAACAGAAGAGUGAGGAACAAGUUUAUUAUGAACGGUAUCGCUGUGGACCCAACGGAGCGUUCAUUUAACGUGUUCGACUUUAUGAAGACGCUCAAAGAAGAGUGGUCUGUGGCCAAACAGCUCGAUAGUUUGCCUCUUAACCAGUCAGAACUGGAAGAUAUGCUCAAGCAUGUGCGCGAAACAAAUCAGGAGCAGCCAGCGGUUCGUAUUCACGUACGUGGAGCCAUGGGCGGGUCGACUCCGCUGUAUUUGAACAACAUUGAGACGGAUCCGAACUCUGCUAGCUGGUCGCCGGACGUAAACAUACUCCGACGUCCAGCAUGGAACCUCAUCUUUGUUCGCAAGAACAUGUACGAGUGCGUGCUUGUAAUGGACCCACUAAGUGGUGCAGGCCGUGCUGCGCUGUCCCACAUUGGGUUUAUGCGUAUGCGUGGAGCCCCUGUGCAGUGGGCGCUGCUUAUUUCCUCGAAGGAACUUAUGGCUAGCAACACAGCAGAGGAGCGUCAAGCGGUGGUGGAGAAGUAUAAGGCUUUCAAGACAACAGACAAGGCGAGUUCCUGGCAUUUUGCGAAGCUGUUGAUGCUGGCACAGUCCAAGGACACAGCUGAGGCUGCAGCUAAGGACGAAACCAGCAAGUCAUCACAGGGUGAUGAUACUGAGGUUAAAGAAGAGGAAGAACGAAUCCUCCCUACACGAGUUGCGUCGGGAUUCUUGCAGCGAGUCGGUGAAGAUGAAAAAUCUGACGUUUUGGUGGAGCGCUUGGUGGAAGCUUACGCUGAAGCAGCAGGUGGCGUUGGGACAACUGAAGACAAUGAAGAAGAGGCACUGGAGUGUCUGAAAAGUGACCAGUUUGACAGCGACAUCUUGGCUAUGACCGAGUUUAUUCAUCUGAAGCACCUGCCGCUGGACUCGUUCGUCUUCAAUGGUGUCGUUCAAAAGGAUUUGGACAUCCAGAGGUCCAUGAUGGCUAGCUUUGGACGUGAUCAGCCGUUGUACGUGAACAUGGCUCAUCGAGGCUUGCUGACGGAUGACAUGGACCUUGUGGAGGAGCUCAUGACUGAACAGGACGCAUACCCUGCUUACUUGUCGAUUUUUGAGAGCUCAGAAGCUAGACCAGGGGAGACGGAAGUGAAGGCGCCCGGCCAUCUAGUGGCUGAUGAUGUUGAUGGCCGUCUGGAAGCCGCAUCGCGACCCGCAGUCUCGUACUUGCAUGCCCCUGGCUCUAGAACGUUGCCUAAGAAGCAGACUCUGAUCUUCCCGGUCGAUCUUAAUGACCCACGGGAUGCAGGUCAUGCCUAUCGGGUGGUGAAGGCUGUACUGGAGGACUCUGAGCAGUCUUUACGUGUUGGAGUUGUGUCUCAACUGAAAGACGUCGAGAAGAACAGUGUGGGUGAGCUUGCGGCUGCUAUUAUUGCCACGAUCGGGCAUUCGGACAAGGAAGCCCACCUGAAGUUUGUACUAGAAGCGCUGAACUGCAUUGUCAAGCACAAGUCGAUCAACACCAUGAAGGAUAAGCUCCGAGGAAUCUGGAAGAAGACAGCGAACAGCGAGAGCGACACGGACCCUGUCUACGAGAAGGUGCUGAAGCUUCUGAACAGCAAGACGGGGAAAUGGCUGACGAAGAAGCAGCGUGGUGUGCUUACACAAUUCAACACGCUCCUGCGCUCUCGAUUCCCACCAGCAUAUGUAGAAAGUGAAGAAGACGUGCCCAAGGUUGCCCUGCCACACCUGUUCAUCAAUGGAAGACAAGUGACUCUCCCCUCUCAGUCGCUGUCGGACGAAGAUAUGGCUACUAUCGUGAACUUUGACCUGAAAUAUCGCACGCAGCCUGUGGCGAAAGCGCUUAUCAAGCGCAGUGUUACGAUGAACGCUAAAGAGGCCGACAAGCUGAGUUUCGCUAUCAUGAAGACCACGGGCAUCGUUGACAAGUACGUGAAGACUGAUCGGACGCCUCACAUGACGGUGGACGAGAACUCGCUCAACACUGUUCGUCUGUCGGGUGACCCUUCUCUGCAGGUGGCUGCGUACGUUGAUCCAUUGUCGGAGGCAGCCCAAGUGAUGAGCUCGUUGCUUCGUAUGCUGCACUCACAGCUGAACGCUACGAUUGAACUGGUGCUGGUGCCUGCGGACGAGUACACGGAGUUCCCACUGCAACGUUUCUAUCGAUACCUCUUCGACAAGAAGUCGUCUCUUGGUGCUACUAGCGUCGAGUUCCGGAAGCUACCUGUGCAGCCGAUCUUGACCAUGAAAAUCGACACCCCGGAGGCCUGGAACGUACAGGCUUUCCACGCGGGCGAUGACUUGGACAACUUGAGAGUGGAUCCAGAUAGUCCCGCAGCGGUGAAGGCUACAACGAGUGCUGUGUUCCAACUGGAGAGUCUGCUCGUGUACGGCCAGUGCCGUGAUACGACGUUCAACAUGUAUGCACCUCCCAACGGGCUGCAGUUGGUUCUUGAGCGCGAAGUUGGAGCGCAGCUGUUGCAUCGUGAUACUCUCGUGAUGAAGAACUUGGGGUACUUCCAGCUUCAAGCGACACCUGGUGUUUGGUCCCUACAUUUGGCGAGAGGUAGAGCUGCUGAGCUGUUUGACAUCAUUGACCUUGAGACUGAGCUUCCGUUGGAAACCAACCCCAUCACAGUGUAUGACUUUGGCUCGCACAUCUCUCAGUUGUAUGUCCGCAAAAAAGAGGGCAAAGAACACGAAGAGCUGCUGCAGUCGGUUGAGCACGCAGCACCGGAUAAACCCAAGUCGGAGGCUGAUGAGACGUCGUCCACCAAGUCUUACUGGGACGCAAUGCUCAAAAUGAUGGGCAAGCAUGACACGAAGACUCAAGAUACUGUCGAAGCUGACCAAGUUGACAACGAUAGUGCGGUUGUGGCGCAGAAGCAGCGCACAGGCGAGACGAUUCAUGUCUUCUCGGUGGCGUCUGGCUAUUUGUACGAACGCUUCGUCAAGAUCAUGAUGUCCAGUGUACUCAAGCGUACAAACAACCCCGUGACGUUCUGGCUGCUGGAGAAUUUCCUGUCUCCAGACUUUAAAAAGUCCAUCCCGGUAUUGCGUGAACAGUUUGGCAUGGACAUUCGUCUUGUGACGUACAAGUGGCCGAACUGGCUGCGUCAACAGACUGAGAAGCAGCGUAUUAUCUGGGGCUACAAGAUUCUCUUCCUGGACGUCUUGUUCCCUCUGGGUGUGCAGAAGAUCAUUUACGUGGAUGCCGAUCAAGUGGUGCGAGCUGAUCUCAAGGAGCUCUGGGAGCUUGACUUGGACGGCAAACCGUAUGGUUACACGCCGUUCUGCGACUCUCGUAACGUGGGCUUCCAGUUCUGGAGACAAGGAUACUGGAAGGACCAUCUGCGUGGCAAGCCGUACCAUAUCAGCGCCCUGUAUGUCGUUGACCUGGCGCUCUUCCGUCAAAUGGCAGCUGGUGACAUGCUGCGUGCAGUUUACAGCCAUCUGAGCGCCGACCCCAACUCGUUGGCGAAUCUGGACCAGGAUCUGCCCAACUACGCGCAGCACCAGAUCCCGAUCUUCUCUUUGCCGCAGGAAUGGCUCUGGUGCGAGUCGUGGUGCAGUGAUGAGACCAAGGUGGCGGCCAAGACUAUCGAUCUGUGCAAUAACCCCAAGCACAAGGAACCUAAGCUGGAGAUGGCCAAACGUGUCAUUGCCGGAGAACUCUUCAACGAGUCGUGGAUUGAACUGGACCAAGAGAUCAAGGAAGCUGAAGCGGAAUACGCUGAUCAGGCGUAAGUGUGUGUGUACGACUGACCAUCAAGAGCCAAAUAGACGGGAGUUUGAGUUUGGGA